AUGUAUAAUGUCAGAGGUAUAGAAGUAAAGUUUAACAUGACAAGAUAUAAAGAACUUAAAAAGCUUGAGAAAUUGGCUCUAACAAAACUGGGAGAAUGGGUAGCAAAACAAGCAGAAAUAUACAUGAUUCCAAAUGCACAACUAGCCCAAAAUAAUCCGGCUAUGGCACAAACGGCCUUAAAUUCCAAAAUUGAAAAUAUACGUUGUUAUUUAAACAUUCACGUACCAUGGAUGCUCUAUGAUAAAUUUGCAAAAGAGGCAAUAAUGGCUUUAUCUGACCUACUAGAGAAGACAAAACACUCAUUAGGAUUUCGGGGAUCGAUGGGGAAAUUUGUCUUGAAUAUU